GAAUAAAGCUCCGGGCUCGGUGGUCCCCAGUACCAGUCCACUGUGUCCCUCAGCCUCUCCGUGGGAUCCCGCCCUCCCUCGCUCACUCUGCCGGGCCGCCCCGCUCGAUCGCCUAGCCCAAAAUGACAUCAGGAGAACCCCUGCAUGUGAAGACGCCCAUCCGUGACAGCAUGGCCCUAUCAAAAGUGGCAGGCACCAGUGUCUACCUCAAGAUGGACAGUGCCCAGCCCUCUGGCUCCUUCAAGAUCCGGGGCAUCGGGCACCUCUGCAAAACGUGGGCUGAGCAAGGCUGUGAACACUUUGUCUGCUCCUCGGCGGGCAACGCAGGCAUGGCGGCUGCAUAUGCUGCCAGGAGACUGGGCAUCCCUGCCACCAUCGUCGUGCCCAGCACCACACCUGCACUCACUAUUGAGCGACUCAAGAAUGAAGGCUCCACGGUCAAGGUGGUGGGUGAGAUGUUGGAUGAAGCCUUUGAGCUGGCCAAGGCCCUGGCGAAGAACAACCCAGGCUGGGUCUACAUUCCCCCCUUCGAUGACCCCCUCAUCUGGGAAGGCCACACUUCCAUUGUGAAGGAGCUGAAGGAGACCCUGAGUGCAAAGCCAGGGGCCAUCGUGCUGUCAGUGGGUGGUGGGGGUCUGCUGUGUGGAGUGGUCCAGGGGCUGCAGGAGGUGGGCUGGGGGGACGUGCCCAUCAUCGCCAUGGAGACCUUCGGCGCCCACAGCUUCCACGCCGCGACUGCAGCGGGCAAGCUCGUUUCUCUGCCUAAGAUUACCAGUGUUGCCAAGGCACUGGGUGUGAAGACUGUGGGAGCUCAGGCCCUGAAGCUGUUCCAGGAACACCCCAUUUUCCCCGAAGUUAUCUCAGACCAGGAGGCUGUGGCCGCCAUUGAGAAGUUUGUGGAUGAUGAGAAGAUCCUGGUGGAGCCCGCCUGUGGGGCGGCCCUGGCCGCCGUCUACAGCCGCGUGGUGCAGAAGCUGCAAGGGGAGGGGAAGCUCCGAGUCCCCCUGCGGUCACUAGUGGUCAUCGUCUGUGGGGGCAGCAACAUCAGCCUGGCCCAGCUGCGGGCCCUCAAGGAACAGCUGGGCAUGAAGAAUGGGCUGCCCAAGUGAGGACCCUUACCUACAUGUCCUCUCCUAGCCCAGGAGACCCCCAGAGGGGCUGGAGUUUUAUCCAGCAGCUCAUUGUAAAUAUUUUUGUUUGGUUGUGAGCCUGAGGCCCCUGGGCUGGCAGGUUAGCUUCUUGUUGUCAUAAGCCCACUGUGCAGAGGCUGGAAGGUCAGUGGCCAGUGAGGCUGAGAUGGGGCUCUUUGGCAUCUCUGUGACUGCUCUGUGCCCGUCCUUGGCCACUCUGCUGGAAUGACAACUGUCCACAAAUAUGCCAGGUCCCCAGAGCUGGGUGGGUGCGGUAGCCCUGCCUGAGCCUUUCCCCCUGGCAAGGUGGACAGGGCCUCAAUCCAGAGUUGAAGAACUGUCUUAUCCUUCCUUCCAAGAAGCCCAAUCCCCACAUUUACUUGUUUUUCUAAAAUGUAAGCUUUUUCAUUGAAAAUUAUGUAUUUAUGAAACCAACCAAGAGUCUUUUUCUCUGAGUUUUUCCAUUACCAGCUGCCCUCUGCCCUCCCCACCUCCCACCCGACCAAGUCUGCUCUCAGCCCGGCUCUCAACUGUGGGCAUACCUCACUCACCCCACUCACCACACCCCACAGCAAAGCCAGGGCCCGGACUCCAGCUGGGCUUGUGUGCUGGGAGGAGACAUCCUCGAACCACAGGGAGCAGAUGGCUAAACAAGAGGGACUCUGGGUGGGACAGAAGCUGCCUCUGUUGCAGGAAGAACCAGUGGCAGGCAGGUGAGGCUGAUCUCGCUCUGAUGAGAAAGCCUUCCUAUGAGUCAGAAUGAUUUCACCACAGACCCACGGAGAGGGGAAGGUGCAAACUGGCAUUGGACACCCACCUCUGGGACAGGGAAGGGGUGGGUAGACUUGAGGUCAAUGUCACACAAACCUUAAAAAAUGGAAUCUUCUCUUCCAACUAAAGCAGCAGCUGAAGGCCCAGUAUAAGAGACAAAGAGGAAUGGCAGGGGCGGACUCAAGGGCACGGAGGGAUGCCACACACACAUACCAACCACCACUCAGGAAUGUCCCCUCACCUCCUAUAGCAGCCUCUAGGGUGCUUUGGGGGGACCCCAAGUUCAAAGUGAAGUUUAAGAACCAUUCUGAUCUGCUUGGGCUUGUAGGCCCCCACCCCCCUAUAAAUGCUAGGGCUGCAAAGUUUCAAGGACGGAGUGGGAAACCCAUCCCAAAGCCACUUGGAGGCAGGCUGACCUGCAUGCCACUCAGGAGGGGCAGCACAUGCACCUUAAGAACCUGGGGCCAGUGACAUGAGGGAGGGCUGGUAGAGACGGGGAAUCAAGUCACCCACAGGGCCCCAGAUUCCCAAAAUCUGUUGGGAAUAGGAUUGCUUCUGUUUCCACUGUCCCCACCUGAGCCAAGCAUGAAACCCCAAAAGGGGCAAGGCACCCAGAGACCUCUGCCUGCUAGAGGAGGCGCCGCAGCAAUGCAGGCUGGGGCAGACUAGUGGCUAGAGCUUUGGCCUUUAGGGGAGUGCAGACCCACAGAUGGACCUGUAGCUGCCACCCCAAAGCUGAUGAUUGUGGGAAACUCCCAGCAUCCAGAGGCCAAGUGCAGCUGCCCCCAUAAUGUAGGUCAGCUGAAGUCCCAGUGUGGGGAAAACGGCACGAACUCCCCACACUCUGCUGUGUCAGCCUGGCUUCAUGACCAAUCCCACCUCCCAAGACACUGAAAGAGAGGCCAGAAUCAUUCUAGGGAAUAACUAGAGUGACCCUAGGCAAGUUCCACCACCCUGAGCCUCUGCUUGCUCUUCUGUCAAAUCGACAGGAGUGGCACACGGCAGAUGUUGAUCCCUGUUCCGCCUGUACUGUCACAAGGAGAUGGGGAAAGAGGGCUGGGCCCCAAUCCUGGCUCCGACGGGCCCAGGUCUGGAGACUUUGGGCACAUCACUUUUCCCUCCCCACAUCACCUUCCUCAUCUGCAAAACACAAGUGAAGAUCCCAGGCUCACCCUCCUAACAGGGCCGUCACCAGAACACUGAGACUUGGAGCAUGAAAAUGCUCUUCUAGGGAGUUGGGAAAUGCACUGGCAGGAAGUUAAGUUUUUAAAACCACAAGUUAUCAGUUCCCAGAUGGCAGGGGCUGUGAAGAUACAGUGAGGAGAAAAAGCAAAUCCAACCCUGGCCUCCAACUGUGCUUAAUUUUCUCCACAGCACUUAUCAGCACAUUAUAGCUGCACGUUUAUUUAUUUUGUUUGUUGUCUCCCCAAGGCGAACUUCUGGGGAGAAGGGAGUCUCUUUACCUUUUCUUACAAGGUACCCUGGGACCUAACAGCACCUGGUGUGAACUAGGGGCUUAGUAAGUAUUUGUCAAUGAAUGAAUAUUAGUGUGUGAGGCCCCAUGUGGGCUGCAUCACACUACCCAGGGAAAUGCUGUUCAUCAUUACCCCAUUUUACAGAUGAAGUAAUCAAGGCUCAGAGACAUUGAGCCCACAGCUAGUAAGAUGUGGAGACACGAUUCAAACCCAGUGCUUUCCACUCCCCAAAAGCACACAGGACUGGGAGCUAUGCAUAAGAGCAGACAGGGAGGGCGCCGUUUGUGUGGGUCCACACCUAGCGGGAACAUACAGGAUGGUGGGGAUGGUUAACAGGGCCCCAGGAGGACCCAGAACGCCUGGAUGGAUGGAGAGCUGGAUAGAUGGAUAUGGAUGGAUGGAUGAAAAAUGAAUAGACAGGUGGAUGUGGGCUGUCAAUGGAUGGAUGAGUAGAGGUGUGUAGAUGGAGGAUUGGGUGCAUAGAUGGAUGAGUGGGUGGGUGGACAAAUAGGUGGAUGGACAGAAGUUAGGCGGGUGGAUGGUUGGAUGAGUGAUAAAUGGAUGAAUAGGUGGAUGGAUGGAUGUUGGAUAGGUAGCAGCAUGGAAGAUGGAUGGACAGAUGGAUAUAGAUGGGUGGGAGGCUGUACAGAUGGACAUGGAGAA